ACCUAGCAGGCUAGCGAAACCACAACCUCUUUCGGCGCCUCAAUAGAAGAGAAGAGAAUGGCGAAGUCGUUGAGGUCAAAGAGGGAAAAGAGGCUUAGGGCUAUUCGGAGGGAGAUUGUUGAGCCUCUCUACGAAAAGAAAGAAGCUGCUAAGCAAGCAGCCCUAGAAGCUGCCCUUGCCGCUCCGAAGCUUGAGGUUCGCCAACCCUCGAACUCCGCCAUGGAUGCCUCCACCGCCUCAGCUACCAUCACCAAUAUGGAUGUGGAAAUGGCUGACGGCGCUCAAAGAACAGCUUCCUUAAAGCCUGUUGGUGGAGUAGGUAAAAAAUUCAAGAAGAAAUUGAAGAUUGCCAAGAGCAAGCGCCGUGGCAAGGGAAAGAAAAAGCGUCACAUAUAAUGUGAAUACUGAAUGGUUGCAGUGGUCUAGUCAGAAUUACUGUGGCUUUCUAUUCAGAAAGACUGCUGAAAUUUUGAUCGAACAAGCACGAAGACAAUUCACUUCUCUCGUCUUUGGGAGCUCUAGACAUUUUUAUUAACUAUACACUCAAAUAGUGAGGAACAAUACGGUUUAGUGUGUAGUAGUAGUCAGUGUUAAGACUCGUUGUGAACAUGAAAGUAGAUAUUCAAUUUGUGUACCAACCGACCUACCAAGCUCUUGGAAGUUGAACUUGAUGUUUACUUUUACUAUUGUUGAAUUUUAUCAUUCUUGUAGUUUUAUUCUCAA